CAUAUAUAACCACUCCAGACGUUCGUGCGCCUCUCCCCCCCUGUCCCAUCCCAAUAAGUGACUAACCCUUCUCCAUCCAGAUGGAGCAAUUCGGCCUCGCGGCAGCCCACUCGGGCGCAAUCAACCACAUCCACGCCGUCCACUUCGGGCCGGCCGCCCUCGACAUCGCCAGGGAGGUGCGGCUGGCCGUGACCGUCGUCGUCGUCGGCUGGGUCGCCGUCACGGGCAUUCGCGCGUUUUUCGAUCGCGGGAAGCAUUAGAUAGGAGCACUCAAGGGGGGGGGAUGGUCGGCGACGUCUAGUCUAUCUAAUAAUCUAUCCCGUACAGGGAAGCUAGGUCAGCGGUCUGCGGUCUGCGAGCUGCGGCUGCAAAGUGGCUGGCUCUCAAGCGCAGAGAAGGCGGCUGUCUUCAGGAGUUUGCGUGAAGUUGCGCUCUGCUUCAAGUACGCAAGAAAUUUUUUGGGAAAGCUCGAGGGCUAUCCAGACCUGCUGUCAAGAUGUUGAUGUCUGGGGGAAGGGCACGUUACGCAUUUUGCUCGUAGGGAUUAUCGCGAACAGCGCAACGAGGCGUUUGACAAGUCCUGUAUCACCAUCCUGAUGAGUUGAUGUAACAUCCACUCCUGUUUCUGCUCACGACAUGGAAACUCAAAGUCAUCAUGCACAAUCGACAGGCGGUUUG